AUGCGUAAAAAAGAAAACGGCAGCGAGUGGAGAAAAGUCAGGAACCUUGAGUCCCUGGAGACGGAAAAUGAUUCUUAUAUCGAGGACCUCGAAGCAAGGGUACAGGGGCUCAAGGAGCUUAGCCUGGCAAUGCGAGAGGAGGUAAAAGCCUCCAAUAACCUCAUCGACUCGAUGAUGGGGCGACUGGAAGGCGUGAGGGUUUCUGUGCGCAAUUCAGUGCGGCGAAUGGAUCAAAUGUUUAAAUCAGGAGGAGGAUGGCACAUGCUUCAUCUGGCGGUGUUUGUUCUCUUUAUCUUCUUGAUUUUCUACUUCUUCUUCGCCAAGUGA